GAUAGUCUGUUUUAUAAAAUGGAAGGAAUGUGAAAGAGUCAGUUAGCUCAUUUUACAAAGUUCUAAUGUAUAGUAGUAUAUAAUUUGAUACAUCACCCACAGAAACCAUUUCUCUGUCAGCAUGCUAAAACUACAAGUGGUUGUCUUCUUGUUGAGUGUCAUUGAAGUUAUUAGUCAAUGUCCACCUUCCUCAGGUAUCUACCUGAGGUAUAAUGGAAACUGUUAUCCUAAUGGAUCAUAUUUUUGGGAUAAAAGUAUCAGACCAACUCCUCUAGAGUGUGUAUUACCUGGUGCUACUCUGAAUGGUGGACAAUGGAUUGGUCCUAAUGGAGCAGUUCCUUGUCCUGGCAACAAUUCCAAUCUUUCCUGCACUGUUGGGUCAGGUGCUAGUCUCAGUGUACACAUACCUAUCACUGACUAUCUUCAGCUACCUGGUGAUGGCUGGUACAAGUGUUGUCUACCCACUAACUGUUCAGAUCCUAACACUAACAUCAUCUUUGCUAAUAUAUUCA